CACAAAAAGAACAAGUGAGAUAUAGGAUCAAUUACUACAUAUAUUAUAGCUAGGAAAAUGUUAGUGCGCUCGAGGAUAAGAGCAGUUUCAUGGAAAGCAUUUCCAAUUAGUUAAUUGCUUUUUCUUCACUAUAUAAUACAUCACAUUGAAUGACUCAAACUCAAACAAACCCCUAACACGUAUUCUUUACCUUUAAUUUCCUCUCUCUUUCUAGUUACAACACAUAAUUGUUCUCUUAUUUUUCAAUGGAUCCAUCCCAUAUAGUUUCUUAUGCAAACUUCAGUUGUGAAAUAAAAAUAAUGCAAGCUCGAAACGUUGAAUUCAUCAAGUCCACUAAAAACUUGUUUGCAAGGUUGUAUGUUCCAACAGGAAACAACAAAAGAAUUCAACUCAACACCAAAAAUGUUUGGGACAAGUCUUUUAAUCUAGAUUGCUCUUGCCCACAAGAAUUCUUGGAAAGCCUUAAUCAACAAAGCCUAGUGUUGGAGCUAAGACAGAAGAAGAUGUUUGGCUCACAACUUAUUGGAAAAGGUGAGAUUCCAUGGAAGGUGAUUCUUCAAUCACAAAACAUGGAGUUAAGAAAAUGGUUGAAAAUGGAUUUAGCGAGUGGAAGUGAUUGCAAAGAGGUUAUGUUGACAACACCAGAAGUGGAAGUAGAGAUUAAAGUAAAAGUGUCUUCGGUUGCUGAGAUAGAGAAGCAAAAUAACAAGAGGUUUAAUAAUUGGAAUGAGUGUGGAUGUAGAAAUGGGCAUGAUCAUAAUGCUUGGUGCAAUGCAGAAGACUGUGAUAUAUUUGCUCUUGGUGCAGCUUUGGAGGCUUUUUGAUUUUAUGCAAGAUUGUACUAUGGACAUAUAACCUAACAUCAACUAAUUCACAUAUCAUUGUAUUCACUAGAUUUUUUCGAAAAAUAAUAUAAUAUAUUGAUUCUA